AUGGCUCAACGUAAAGCAGAAAAAAUGGCAAUAAAUCCAUUUUGUAUAUUACAUUUAGUUCAUAGUGGAAUAUUAUCUUCUUUAAAUUCAAUGAAUAUUUUUAUGAUUUGUGAUAUAUCAAAAGGAAGAAAAAAAGAAAUUCAGGAAUUUUAUCAAAUGUACGAAUUAUUUCAUUACUUUUUAUCUUCAAUUCCAUAUUGUUCAUCACUUAAAAUAUUUUUAAUUUCCAAAACGAUUAAAAUAAUACAUUCUCUUAAUUUUAGUAAAUUUGAAAAACCUGACAUUCUUCCAUUUUUUAAAGAAGAUGAUGAUAAUAGUUCAUCUAUAAUACCACUUAUUGACGUUUUAAAUAUAUUAAAAAAAGAAAAAAUGAAUUAUGGUAAUAGAAUUGUUUUCAUUGACUCUCUUUUUCUCCCAAAUGAAUUACAAAUUUCAAAAGAGCUUGAAAUAGUAAAGAAAAGAUCUAUAACAAUUUGUUUUCUUCAAAGUGAUAACAAUAUUCUCAAUCCGUAUAUUAAAACAAAAGUACCUAUAGAAUUAUUUAAAUAUUAUAUUAAUGAACAUUGUUUUAUUCCUUUUCAAUUUGAACAAAAAAUAAAAGGAUAUUCAAUUGAAUUAGAAUUUGUUCAUUGGAAUGCACUAUUAUUUCCAGUAAAAAAAGAUAAUAAUGAAAUGGUUAUUGAAUAUCAAAAAGGAAAAAUAGUUAUUGACACAUCAACUACUAAAAUAGAAGUAAAUAAAAUUGCUGAAGGAAAUGAAAAUGAAAUUAUUGAUUGUUUUGAAGGACAAAAAAUUAUUAAAAUAUUUGUAGAUGAAUUUAAUACUCGUUGUGAAUGUUGUGGAUUAAAAAAUAAACAAAUUCAGUUUGAAAAAAUGUAUUGUUUUACUCCAAAUAUAAAUAAUCCUUUUUCAAGAUAUAUAUUAUUAACUCAGGGUUUAAAUUCUAAAUCUAUUAUUUCACAUGAUAUUAUUCAAGCAUUUAUACAUUUUGUAUUCAUUCAAAGUGAGGAAACUAUAUUCAUUGAUGAAAUUUAUGGAACUAACCAUGAAAAUAUAUUUAUUAUCUCUUCGGUUGUUAUUCAUUGUAAUUCUACAUCAAAAUUUUAUUAUUGGAAAAGAAGACAUUCGACAAACUCACAACCUCAUAAAUGUAAUAUAUAUUGUAAAGUCUUUGGAAUAUUUAAACAGAAAAAAAUUCCUAUUGCUGAACUAGAAAACUAA